AUGUUCCCCGCUUACUUUGGCCUGAAGUCCGAGGACUACAAGAUCUGUGUGGUUAUGGUUGGUCUGCCUGCUCGAGGCAAGAGUCUCAUUGCUGGAAAAGCCAUGCGAUAUCUGGCCUGGGUCGGCAUUCCCGCCAAAGUGUUCAACGUCGGUAGUUACCGCCGCCAUGCCACCCCUCAGCCCGCUGCAACUUUCUUUGAUCCCCACAAUGAAGAAGGUGAGCGCAUGCGCCGGGCCGCUGCUGAAGCUGCCAUGACCGACAUGCUGCAGUGGUUCCAUGACGGAAAGGGUGUGGUGGCCGUCCUGGAUGCCACAAAUUCCACAAAGGAACGUCGCCAAUGGAUCUAUGAAACCUGCCACAAGGCUGACAUUGAGACCCUCUUUGUGGAGUCCAUCUGUGAUGAUGAGGACCUGAUCAUGAACAACAUCCUCGAAGUCAAGACCACCUCGCCCGACUACAAGGGUCAGGAUCCGGAGCUUGCGGCCUUGGAUUUCCGCAACCGCAUCCGCAACUACGAGCUGGUCUACCAGACCAUCGAUGAUGAUGAGAAGAACUACACCUACGUCAAGCUCAUCAAUGUGGGCUCCACCGUCAUCAUCAAUCAGAUCAAGGAUUACCUGUCGAGCCGUCUGGUUUACUACAUCCAGAACCUCCACAUCAAGCCCCGCUCGAUCUGGCUGUCUCGCCACGGUGAAUCCGAAUUCAACUUGACUGGCAAGAUCGGUGGAGAUGCCAACAUUUCCGAGCGGGGUGAGGCAUAUGCCCGCAAGUUGCCCGAGCUGCUCCGUCAGUCGGGGGUGCCCGCCAACACCAAGAUUGUCAUCUGGACCUCGACCCUCAAGCGCACCAUUCAGACUGCCCGCCACCUGAAGGCCGAGACCGGUUAUGAGAAGCUGGAGUGGAAGGCUCUGGAUGAGCUGGAUUCGGGCGUCUGCGAUGGUCUGACCUACGAGGAAAUUGCGGAGAAAUACCCCGAGGACUUUGCGGCCCGUGACGAAGACAAGUACAACUACCGCUACCGCGGCGGCGAGUCCUACCGCGACGUGGUCAUCCGUCUGGAGCCCAUUAUCAUGGAGCUGGAGCGCAGCGAAAACGUCAUCAUUGUGACCCACCAGGCCGUGCUGCGCUGCAUCUACGCCUACUUCAUGAACGUGCCCCAGGAGAAGUCGCCCUGGAUGGAGGUUCCCCUCCACACCCUGAUCAAGUUGACCCCUCGUGCCUACGGCACCGAGGAGCUCCGCUUCAAGGCGAACAUCCCCGCCGUCUCGACCUGGCGCGGAAAAGGUACCUCGGCCAAGCAUCAGGAUUUCCCGGCGGAGGGUGCCGAGGGUGCCGCUGCCACCGGUGCUCACUGA